ACGACUUUAGCCCGUAUCGGCCUCACAUUCGUUCGAACGCAACGAUCGCGCGCGGUUGUCUCGCCCCAGCGGAACCGUAACAGAAACAGAAACAAAAACCAAAACAGAAACCGAAACCAGAAGCAGAAAGAGAACAAGAAGGAACCCAAGAAUCGCAAAGAACCGAAUCGCUUUUUUUCGCAGUCCCGAAACAAAGAAAACACCCAGACCGCAGUUCCAGUUCCAGACCCGAAGUUUGAGAGAAAAUCGUCGCUUAGUUAACGUCGCCCCAAAAGAACUGUACAUUCUACUGGCACCGUCGUACUAUCGGAGCACUAUCGAGAAGAACAGAUCCGAAACACACGAAACAUACAGAUCCGAGAUCCGAGAAAUCAAAGUUAAAAAAUCCAAAUCAAUACCGAAACCAAAACCGAACCAAUCCUAAUCCAAAACCGAAUCGGAACAGCUCGGACGCCAGUCCAUUUCCACAUCCACAUCCGCAUCCGUUGUACUAAUCGUAUACUCCGAUCAUCAGCAGCAAAUCUGCGCAAAUAGAAAAUGGCUCAACCACAACUGCUGCAAGUGAAGCUGUCACGUUUCGAUGCCCAGCCCUGGGGAUUCCGGCUGCAGGGCGGCGUGGACUUUGCCCAGCCCCUCCUCGUGCAAAAGGUUAACGCUGGCAGCUUGUCCGAACAGGCUGGCCUUCAGCCCGGCGAUGCGGUCAUCAAGAUCAACGACGUUGAUGUCUUCAAUUUCCGGCACAAGGAUGCCCAGGAUACGGUGGUGCGCUCCGGCAAUAACUUUGUCAUCACAGUGCAGCGCGGUGGCUCCACUUGGCGGCCACAGGUGACGCCCACCGGUAACGUGCCGCAGGCAAACUCCCCCUAUCUGCAGACGGUGACGAAGACCUCUCUGGCUCACAAACAACAGGACAGCCAGCACAUUGGCUGCGGCUACAACAACUCGGCCCGUCCAUUUGCCAAUGGUGGCGGCGAUGGCGGCGUGAAGAGCAUUGUCAAUAAACAAUACAACACCCCGGUUGGCAUUUACAGCGAUGAAUCUAUUGCGGAAACACUUUCGGCCCAGGCGGAGGUAUUGGCUGGCGGUGUGCUCGGCGUCAACUUCAAGAAGAACGAGAAGGAAUACCAGGGCGAUCGCUCAGAGGUGCUGAAGUUCCUGCGCGAGGAGGAAACCGGCCAGUCCACUCCAGAACCCCACAGUCCGGCAAACUUCUAUUGGACACAGAGCCAUGCCAUCGGAGGCAAUGAGAGACGCACACCGCUGCACCACCAGCAUCAGGAUGAGCGGAUUGGCAUCCCUAUGCAGUCGAAUUCUUUGGCGCCCGCUGCUCUACACAGGCCCAGUCUGCCGGUGGCCAAGCCACAGGCCCAGUCCCAGGAGGGGGCAGGUCAGGAGCAGGAGCAGACUGAUCCGCGCAUCAUUGUGCUGCCGAUUUGCCCGGCCCUGCAGGGGCCCGAGUACAAGGCCGACAUGGAGGCGGCCGCCGCAGCGUUGGCCAGCGACGGGGGGCGUCCGCGGCCAUUGUCCGCCAGCGGACAUCCGGCGUGUCAGUUGUGCGGCGUGGGCAUUGUUGGCGUCUUUGUGCGCAUCAAGGACAAGAAUCUGCACGUGGAGUGCUUCAAGUGUGCCACCUGUGGCACCUCCCUGAAGAACCAGGGCUACUACAACUUCAACAAUAAGCUCUACUGCGACAUCCACGCCAGGCAGGCUGCCCAGAACAAUCCACCCGCCGGCACUGAGGGCUACGUGCCCAUCCCCAUCAAGCCCAAUACCAAGCUGUCGGCCAACACCAUCUCGUCGGCCUUGAGCUCGCACGGCUACGGCAGCAACGGCUACUCCAAUGGCAACUCGACCCCGGCCCCGUCACCGGUUGCAAGCCCCCAAGCAGCGCUCCCAACAGCCGCAGCAGCAGCAGCAACAGUAGUUGACAGCUCAAGCUCAAACCCCACUGUACAAGCAUCAGAAGCAACAGCAGCAGGAAUAUCCUCCUUCACAGGCAAUAUGUCCGAUGAGCCAUCAUCGAUCUAUGGCCAAAUGAAUGCUCAACCAACGGCCGUCCCCGGCGAUCCGGCCUUCGAGUAUGUUACCCUCACGGGAAACGUGAUACGCAGUGUACAGGCACCCGGCAAGGGGCCGGGCAUCAGCUACAAGGUAAACCAGGGCUAUGCUCGUCCCUACGGAGCCGCCGCCGGGCCACCGAGUGCCGCACCCAAGUCGCCGGUCGCGUAUUCGCCGCAGCAGCAGCAAACACCGCGCCCAGCGGCCGGUGGCAACCCCUAUGCCACCCUGCCCCGCACCAAUGUGGGCCAUCAAGGAGCAAGCGUGGAGGAGCCGCAAGGCCUGCAGCCGGAGUACGAGGAGGAAGACUGCUUCGAGAUGGACAUCGAGGUAGCACUGGCCGCAAGCAGGCAAUCGCAGCGCGGCUCCAGCUUCACCUGGCCCCCGCCUCAGGACGAUAGUCAUGCAGCGCCCACAGCGGCACCCCUCUACAUACCCCCCCCUGAGACGCAGCACGUGGUGGUGGCCAAUCCCGUGCAGCAGGUGCCGCCGCUGCCACCCGGAAGUGUUACGGCGCGCCUCGAUCCGCAGCCAGAGCAAGUGCCACAAGCGGCAUCAGUGCCACAGGCCGCUCCCCAGUGGCAGAGCUACUCGGCGCCUCAGCUGACGAAUCAGCGGCUAAUGGAGCAGGAGUCAAGUUCGGAUAGCUACACCUCCACUUCGACGACUACGACGACCACUUCGGAGGAGUACCAGCGCAUGUACGCGGCCCAAGCGGCGGCCUACCAGAUGCAGGAGCAGUCCGGCUCCGAAAUGGACGACUACCAGGUGGAGUACGGCAGUGCGCAGGACGUGCAGGAGUACGCCUCAGGCAGGCGCAGUGCCCAGGAGUGCGUCGACUCGCUGUCCGUGCCCCUGAGUACCUACAAGCUGAUCGACAUGGUAAGGGAGGUGACACCCAGUCCCGUGUCCACACCCGCCCCGGCCCCGGCCCCAUCCGCGCCACAAGCAACGCGACACGUCGUCUUCAACGACGAGCCCGAGUACAAAGAGCUGCCGAUGGUGCUGCCCACGGAGCUGGAGACCAUACCGGAGGCAGGCGAGGAUCGCGAGGGUCUGGUCAUCGAGCAUCGCUCUCAGAUCCUCGAGAGCGAGCGGCUCUUCCAGCCCACGCCCGAGAUUAAGUUCGAGAUAGCGCCUGUUCGCCAGAUACCACCCUCCAAGAUACCCAAUCCCAUGCCCAAGGAGUGGAUCAACCCCAUGAUCCGGGUCCUGACCACGGCUCCCGAGGUGCCCUUCCACCUGGUCGAGUGCCCCUUCCCGCGGCCCUGCGGCGACGAUUUCGAAGCGGAGGCAGCUGCCGCAGAAGAAGCCGCAGCUGCAGCCGCUCCGCCAGCGCCUCCACCACCGCCUCCUCCUCCCGCUCCUGUUUGCGCUCCUGUGGCGGAUCCACCUGCACUCCUGCGCGAAUCCCCGCCCCGUGGAUCCCGCCUCACCCAGGCCAUGGUCACUGCACCAGAGUUCGAGCUGCGGUUCGCCCCGCCUGCCGACCAGGGCAUCCCCCUGCCCGAGGAGACCGAGCCGUACAUGCCGCCGCCCAUGGACAUGAAGCCGUACAUGCGCGACGACUACCGUCCCAAGUCCCCGUUCGUCAGCGCCCUCACCACCGCCCCCGAUCGCCCCUUCGAGGGCCACUUUGAUCGCGACGUGCCCAUCCACCUGAUUGACCUGCCCACCCCUAAAGAACACCUGAGCAUGUGCGACGCUCUGUGCACGGCCCCGGACCGUGGCUACACCCCCCUGAAUCCCGAGAAUGCCACCCACCGAGUGGACGAGGACCAGAAGCAGCAGGAGCUGAAGAAGCAUGAAUUUCAGGUGCUCGACCACGAGGAGGAGCUCGGCAUCCGGCCGGAACCGCCGCACUCUGUGGAAUACUUCACCACGGAGUCCGAGAAGCGACGCAAGUCGUCGGCAUUCGCGGCCAUGCAAGCAUUCCAGCCGUCCCGCGAACCGUUAUCCUCUACCAAUGCCACAGCCACCAACACGCCGCGUGCCUCCAUAUGCUCCGGCUCCCGGGAGACGGAGACGGAUCUGGAGUACCAGAAGUACUGCAAAGCGCAGCAGCGCAACCAGAAGCGCCUCGACUUCUACCACAAGAAGGAAGAGGAGCUGCAAAGUCAACAAACUGAGCAGCAGCUCCAACAGAUCCAGCAGAAUCAACGGGAACUCCAGCAGAAUCAAAUAAAUCAGCUGCAGCAACAGCAACGAGAAUCUCAACAACAAUCCCAACAGGAGCUCCAGCAGAGUCAGAUGUCGCAACAGCAGAUGCAAAAAACUCAACAAUCUAAACAGCAACUCUAUCAAACUCAACAACAACAACAGAUUAGCCAACAGAAGAUUCAACAGAGCCAGAGAACUCAACAACAGGCUCAACAACAGACACUAAGAACUCAACAACAACACCAACAGGCAAUGUCCCAGCUCUCCCAUCAGCAGGAGCAGCAGCAGCAGACCUCCGCGCAACAGACACGCACAGAGAACCAGACACGCCAGGGGUACUCCGAUUCUCACACGACCUCGCUUUGUUCCGCUUCCGCUUCCUAUAGCAACUCCUCUUCCACAGUCCAACAGUCCACAACCAACAACAACAACAACUCCUACAACGGCAAAUCCUCCCUCGCUGCACCAACGUCCACCGCUUCCUCCUAUGCACAUACAUCCGCCCUAAGCAAGUACGAGACCCAAGAGCUGAUUGAGGAGACGGCCGAGGAGCUGGAGCACUCGGAGAUCCUCUUCCCGCCACCAUCCCCGCUUAGCCACCUGAAGGGCAAAGCCGUGCAAUCCGGCCUCCACAAGGCGGACACCAUACCCAAGUACCAGCGCAACUGGACAUCGCUGCCCACCCAGAGCCCCAUCCGUACACCGGAGCCACAGGAGCUGCGCGAGAAUGUGCCGCUGGCCUUUGUAGAUGCCCCUAAGGCGAUCCCCAGUGCCCAGUGCCCGAUCGAUUCCACUGUACAUUAUCCCAUAGCCCAGGUCUCGGGAUCCGGACCGGGAACAAGAUCAGCGCCAACGGCUGUGGCUCAGACCGCUCCCAGGGGACAGACAAUGCCGCAGCCGUCGGUGCCCAUCAUAAUCGAGGAUCGCUCGGGUCCAGUAACGAUGGCUUUCCAAUCGCUAGAUGAGUUCGACCGUCCCGACCAGGCGCAGACGCCCACGCGGCCCUUCACGCCGUCGAUGAUCAACAAGCCGGCGCCCAUAAUACCCUUCUACCAGACGCCUGAGAAGCUAUGCUUCGAAGAGUGCUCGGCUACCCACGCUCGGGCCUACGACCAGAGGGCCCUCUCCCCCUGCUUCGACCGCUCACGCUCGCCAGCUCCAGGACCGCCGCCAAAUCCGCUCUCCGCCAUUAGAGCGCCACGUAUGAAGGAGCCGGACUCGAAUCUACUCUCCGUCGGGGCCACUCCGCCGCGCCUCCAGGCCGGCUCCAUUACAACGGGCCAGAGCUACCAGGGCCAGCUGCUGGCCCACUCCGAGCAGAGCACCCAGUCCGGCAGCCAAAGCUUCUCGCAGCAGCCGGACACGCUCACAGAACGCCAAAUCGGAAAUCUGACGGUACAGCAGCGGGAGCAGUCCUCGCAGUUGCAACAGCAGCACCAAGCACAGAGCCAAAGCCAGACAAGGACCCAGGUGGGCAACACCCAGAUCGAGCGCCGUCGCAAGGUCACGGAAGAGUUUGAGCGCACCCAGAGUGCCAAGACAAUCGAAAUCCGCACCGGAUCGCAGUCCCAAUCGGUGUCCCAGGCCCAGUCUCAGUCCCAGUCUGAGUCCACGGACCGUCGCUCCUCCUAUGGAAAGACUGGAUUUGUGGCCAAUCAGGCGCGACGCCUGUCAGGCCUGGAGCAGGAGAUCACAAGCCUGACCAGCCAGUCGCAGGCCAUCAGUGCCCGAGCCUCCGCCAUGGGAGAGAGCAACUUUCCGCAGCUGCGAUCGCCCACCUUCGACUCGAAGUUCCCGCUGAAGCCGGCAUCGGUGGAGUCCAUUGUGCCCGGUUAUGGAGCCAAUGCGUCAUUGGCCAACAAGUUGGCUCCCCCGCCGGGGUUCCUAACGCAGCAGCAAAUGCAGCAGGAGCAGUCGCAACAGCAGAGGUCCGCAUACUCUUCGUCUUCGGUGCUACAGCAGCAGCAGCAGCGCACUCAGAGCGCCUUCUCGAGCAGCACGAAAGCCACCUCCUCAUCGCUAUCAUCAGCAUCCGCAAUAGCAUCAUCAUCUGUAUCAGCAUCCGCCUCCAGAUCAGCGCAAUCCGCCAGUCUAACCAAAGCUUCUGCUAUUACUACCACGACUAAUAACCAGGCCUGCUCGGCCUUCAGGAGCAACGUCCCUGGAAACGGCAAUAACAGCAAACCUAAUCUGGCCUCUCGGCUAUCCAUCGCUUCCAUCACAGCUCAAGCGCCAGCUCCAGCUCAAGCUCCAGCAGCACCCAAGUCAAUUAUCACCGCCGCUGCAUCGGCGCCAGAUUCCUUUCCGCCAAACUUGAGCGACUUGAACUUGAACUCUAAUGUCGAUGGUUCCGCAGGUGGUGGCAUCAAGAACGGCAAAGGCGGCUUCGGGGCCACAUCGGCACCCAAGCGCGGACGCGGAAUCCUCAACCAGGCCGCCGCACCGGGAGUGCGCAUCCCUCUGUGCAAUAGCUGCAACGUGCAGAUCAGAGGACCCUUCAUUACGGCGCUGGGACGCAUCUGGUGCCCAGAUCAUUUCAUUUGUGUGAACGGCAACUGCCGCCGUCCCCUGCAGGAUAUCGGCUUCGUUGAGGAGAAGGGUGAUCUCUACUGCGAGUACUGCUUCGAGAAGUAUCUGGCCCCCACCUGCAGCAAGUGUGCGGGCAAGAUCAAGGGCGAUUGCCUGAACGCAAUUGGCAAACACUUUCAUCCGGAGUGCUUCACCUGCGGCCAGUGCGGCAAGGUCUUUGGUAACAGGCCCUUCUUCCUGGAGGACGGCAACGCCUAUUGCGAGGCCGACUGGAACGAGCUGUUCACCACCAAGUGCUUCGCUUGCGGCUUCCCCGUCGAAGCCGGCGACAGAUGGGUGGAGGCCCUCAAUCACAACUACCAUAGCCAAUGCUUUAACUGCACUUACUGCAAACAGAACCUGGAGGGCCAAAGCUUCUACAACAAGGGCGGACGUCCCUUCUGCAAGAAUCACGCGCGCUAAGCCUGCGACCAGCUGAUUUUGUUUGACUUCAGGGAUCAUGCACACUAACCAACCAAUCAAUCAAAUCAACAAUUAACUAUAAUCAAGAGCAAUCUUAAAAGGAUUGUAGGAGCGCCUCUGCGUAAUUAUUAUUAUUUUUAUUUGUUUGAAUUGUGCCGCACAAAAUGUUAUCUUAAUUUUAAAACAUCAACGACCCAAAUGCGUCAUAUCAAAUGAAAUAUCAAAGUAAAUCAAAUCUUCAAUCAGAAAAUCAAAGCUGAGUGAAUGAAAAACUGAAAACGAGAAGAAAUCGAACUAGCUAGCAAAUUACUAUGUACUCACACACAAUGACCUAUUAUUUAUUCAAGCAUCGUAUCAUAACCGAACCAAUUUUACCUUACCCAAACCUUAAACUAAAUACGUAUGUACUGUCGCCAGCGUUAAUUUACUUAGUUCAAGCGACCAAUCGAAAUACCUAUCUGCCGAACACUGUUGAUCAACCCAAUAAAACGCUAACAGGUUGCGAAGCGCAGGGGAUUUCCAAGAUCGAAUUCGAUUGGCAUUAGAGAUGCAGACGAGACAGAGUCGGAAGCAGAGUCAGAACAGGUUGACAGCAGGAAGUCGCAUGUUUAUUAUUUAAAAAUUGAUGUUGUAAAUUAUCCAUAAUUUGAGUGUAAAUUGUCAUGAACAGCAAAUGAAUAAAUUUCGAAAUCUUUUUCGCGUUUAAUAUGAAAA